GCGGUGGGCGCCUGGGUGUGGCAGGGGCGGGGGUGCGUCGGGCUCCUCCUCCGGGAAUACAUCGUUGGUUGCCGUCACCGCCGCAGAGGCAGCCAGUGCAGACAACACCCACACGCGGCUCCACAUCUGCGAAAGGGCACUAUGUAAUCCCCAGUACAGAUGCACAGUCCCACACUUUCCCCAGCCACCGCGGCAUGCCAGUAAUAACGCAGCUCGCGACUUCUGCACCACUGAUCUGAUGGGGAUGCAGCCGCUAUGGGGGCGGGAAGGGAGGAGGGAGGCACGGUGGAAGCGCAGCGAAGGCAAGUUACCUGAUCAAGUUCUGGUGUCGCACUGAUGCCCGAGUGUUCGCUGCUCAGUGUUGGGCAUCACACAAGACCCGCUCCGCCUCCCUCGCCUCCCUCAAGCCACCCCCCUCUUCCUUUAGCUCCAUCCCGCCUCCUGUCUCCCCCGCCCCCCUUGACCACUCUCGCCCUGAGGCAGGGCCGCUGACAGCAUUGCCAGAUUCAGAAAGACAGUAUUACUGCUAGGACCUGAAAAGGCCAAGUCCAGCAGCUCGCGUGUGGCAACAGUGUGGAGGGAGCGAGAGCCGAGAAGGCACGUGCCGUGGCGGAGACGGACGCGAACACACACACACACACCCACAGCUGUGUGAGUAAGUGAUCAUCAUGACUCUACCUGGCUUGCGGAGACUACUGCUCUCUACACUGAGGCCGCAGGCAAGAUGGUUGUGUGAUUCAGCAGGGCCAGGAUCCGCCCGCCUUAUGACUCUCCUCAAGGAUCGCUUCCCACAGGCAACGGCAGUUGAGGUGGAGGACAUCUCAGGAGGGUGUGGGGCCAUGUAUGAGGUGUGGGUUGAGGCACCAGACUUCAAGGGUCUGUCCAGAGUCAAGCAACACAAGCUGAUCACAGAGACACUAAAAGCUGAAAUUCAAGACAUGCAUGGCCUGCGCAUCACCACCACACUGCCCAACACGACCUGACCUCCCUCAUCUACACCCUGCAGUCUGUUCGAACUAGUCAUCUCCCCUUCCUGGCCUCCAGAGAACAUAUAUCAGGGACUCUAACAGCUAGUGUUUUGUUAAAGAUCAUGGCCUUUCCUGAGAUUACCUUAUAAUUUUGUAUACCUGUAUAUAAGAGAAUAUAUACCUUAUAAUUUUGUCCUUAAAUAUUUUGUAUAAUUGUAAAUGUAGUGUGAACAAUUGUAAUGAAUGACAUGUUUACUAAUAAAAAUUCAAAUAUA